GACUUACAGUAAGUAUAUAAAAAUAUGGGCUUCUUCACUCUGGCCGAGUGGCUGAAAGGAAUGUCAGACUUACAAUGUGAUAAUGUGGAGAAGCUCCAACAGAAAUUAGACUACCUGAGAGGACUACUGGAGGACCACGUAGUAUUCAAAACUAUAUACAGAUAUGCAUUUGAUUUUGCAAGGGAUAAAGACCAACGCAGUAUUGACAUAGAGACAGCUAAGGCCAUGCUGGGGCUACUGCUGGGUAAAAAGUGGCCCAUGUUUGGCAUGUUUAAUCAGUUCCUUGAGCAAUCCAAAUAUAAAGUAAUGAACAAAGACCAGUGGUGCAAUGUCCUGGAGUUCAGCAGAACAAUCAAACCAGACCUGUCCAAUUAUGAUGAAGAUGGUGCUUGGCCAGUUUUAUUAGAUGAAUUUGUGGAAUGGACAAGGGAGCAGCAGCAGCAGUCGAUGGGAUAAAUUAUGAUAAAAUCUUCACAAAGACAAAAAUUAUGGAUGCUGUUUAUAAACACAAUAGCUGCUUUAUGAUCCCGUAGCAACAGUAACCCUGUUAUUUUUGUUUGUUUUUUGUGUUGCUCCAAGGAUGGUGAUUGGAGAGAAUUUUUCUCUCGUGAAUACCUCCAAAGGAGCAUUAUUAUUUGUUGAUAUGUGUAUUUUUCACGUGAAGACAGUGGGGAAGAACUCAAAUUGACUAUUUUCUUUUUUCCUUCUGCUUCAAAACUGCUGGUGUUUGUUUACUUUCUAACUGUUGUCAGGUUUGUGUACUCUUUCUAUAAAUAUCAAAGUAUUCAUGCUUGAAAUCCAAAUGGGAGCAUAGCCACAGAACCCUCGCCGUGCCUAUAACAGGGAUUUAGAUCUGAAGAUUAUAGAACAUAUUCAGCGGGUGAGAUAAACAGUAGCUCUUGACAGAACUGUUUUAAGCCUGUGUGGUUAAUAAGGAAUGGGUUUUUUAUACUGCAACAUUUGCAGGAAUGAGCUGCAA